AUGGAGAUCGACAUCGUAGCCACCAAGGGCAUCAAUGCGGUGAGGAACGCGUUCGAUCUGUCGUGCCUGGCGGGUCCAUCCAAGUACCAUCACUACAAAGACUUCUACAAGUACUACAAUGGCGAAGUGGCGGCACCCAUCCUAACCAUCUUCGUGGGCGGCAACCACGAGGCCGCCAACCACCUGCGGGAGCUGUACUACGGAGGCUGGGCGGCGCCCAACAUUUACUUCUUGGGCUAUAGCGGAGUGGUGAACUACGGCGGCCUCAGGAUUGGCGGCUUCUCUGGGAUCUACAAACGAUAUGACUUCUUCAAAGGCCAUUAUGAAGUGCCUCCCUAUUCGGGGGAUACGGUAAGGUCAGCCUUCCACGUGCGUGAAUAUGAACUCUACAAGCUUUCGCUGCUGCGGAAACCGCUCGACGUUAUACUUUCACACGAUUGGCCGGACGUCACGUCGUAUGGCGAUGUCGAAAAGCUGUGUGCUGACCAUCCUCACUGGAAGGAGGAGAUUGAAAAGGGCGAGCUCGGUUGUCAUCUGUACACGAAACUCCUCAAGUCCCUCAAGCCCUCCUACUGGCUGUCGGGCCACAUGCACUGUCGAUUCGAUGCCACGGUGCAGCACACUGGCGACCAGUCUACGCACUUCAUUGCUCUCGACAAGGUGCUCCCUCGCCGGCCAUUCCUCGACGUGGUAUCUUUCCCCGAGGCCACUGGUCCUCGCGUGUUGACGUACGACCUUGAGUGGCUGGCCAUCCUACGCGCCACGCAUCAGUACCUCAAUUGUUCGAUGGCCACCACGGUCCUCCCGAAGGGGCCGGAGCGUGAACACCGCAAUGUGGAAAAAGAGCUGCAGGAGCUCACAGCCAGGUUUGCCGGCAAAGAGAACGCCCUCGCUGUGCCGCUCAACUUUGCGAUGACCGUCGAGCCGCAUCGCUCAUCGGUCGAUCCUCGCACUGAGCGCCCCACAUGUUUGCCGUGA